AUGGCUGGAUCUGGCUCAUGUCGCUUUAGUUACUCAGAUCCCAACAUCACCGUGUCCUACAGUAGGAACAGUUCUGCAGAUUGGACUCAGCUGGAGAAAAUUAGUGCCCCUUCCAAUGUCAGCACGAUCAUCCACAUCUUGUACCUUCCUGAAGAUGCUAAGGGGGAGAACAUCCAUUUUCAGUGGAAACAGGAUUAUGUUCAUGCUGGUGAUGUGUAUGAAGCCUGUUGGUCAUUGGACAACAUCCUGAUCAUAAAUGCUGCUCACAGAAAAGUUGUGUUAGAAGAUAAUCUUGAUCCUGUGGAUACUGGCAACUGGCUUUUUUUCCCGGGGGCCACAGUUAAGCAUAGCUGCCAGUCGGAGGGAAACUCCAUCUACUUCCACGGGACAGAGGGCAGCGAGUUCAAUUUUGCCACAACCCGGGAUGUGGACCUCUCCACGGAGGAUGCCCAGGAGCAGUGGGCAGAAGAGUUUGAGAGCCAGCCUAAAGGGUGGGACAUAUUUGGAGCCAUCACUGGUACUGAAUGUGGGACGCUGGAAUCUGGCUCAGCUAUGGUAUUUCUCAGAGAUGGAGAAAGAAAAAUAUGCACCCCCUACAUGGACACUACAGGUUAUGGGAACUUAAGAUUUUAUUUCAGUAUGGGGGGAACUUGUGAUUCUGGAGAAUCCCAUGAAAAUGAUGUCACGCUUUAUGCCAAGAUUGAAGGCAGGAGGGAACACAUACCUCUUGAUACCCUGACCUAUGCUGCUUACAAGGUUCCCUCUUUGGUUUCUGUUGUCAUUAGUCCGGAGCUGCAGACUCCUGCAACCAAGUUUUGCCUGAAGCAGAAGAGUCAUCAAGGCCACAACAGGAAUGUCUGGGCUGUGGAUUACUUCCACGUCCUUCCAGUGCUUCCUUCCACAGUGACUCACAUGAUCCAGUUUUCCAUCAAUUUGGGUUGUGGAACUUAUCAACCUGGUAACAGCGUCAGCUUGGAGUUUUCAACCAACCAUGGUCGCUCUUGGUCCCUGCUCCACACUGAGUGUUUGCCUGAGAUAUGUGCUGGACCUCACCUUCCUCACAGCACCGUCUACACCUCUGAAAACUACAGCGGGUGGAACCGAAUAACUAUUCCCCUUCCUAAUGCUGCGUUAACGAGUGACACCAGGAUUCGAUGGAGACAAACAGGACCAAUCCUUGGAAAUAUGUGGGCAAUUGAUAAUAUUUAUAUUGGUCCAUCUUGCCUCAAAUUCUGCUCAGGGCGAGGACAGUGUACUAGAAAUGGCUGCAAGUGUGACCCUGGCUUUUCAGGGCCAGCGUGUGAGAUGGCAUCGCAGACCUUCCCCGUGUUCAUCUCAGAGAGCUUUGCCAGCUCCCGCCUCUCCUCCUACCACAGCUUUUACUCCAUCCGGGGGGCUGAGGUCAGCUUUGGCUGUGGGGUCCUGGCCAGCGGCAAGGCCCUGGUCUUCAACAAGGAUGGGAGGCGCCAGCUCAUCACUUCCUUCCUUGACAGCUCCCAGUCCAGGUUCCUGCAGUUCACACUACGUCUGGGCAGCAAGUCAGUGCUGAGUACCUGCAAAGCGCCUGACCAGCCUGGGGAAGGAGUGCUGCUGCACUAUUCCUAUGACAAUGGGAUUACCUGGAAACUCCUGGAACACUAUUCUUAUCUCAACUACCACGAGCCAAGAAUAAUUUCAGUGGAGCUUCCUGAAGAUGCAAGACAGAUUGGCAUUCAGUUCAGAUGGUGGCAACCAUAUCACUCUUCCCAAGGUGAAGAUGUGUGGGCUAUUGAUGAAAUCAUCAUGACCUCUGUGCUUUUCAAUAGCAUCAGUCUGGACUUCACCAACCUAGUAGAAGUCACACAGUCUCUGGGAUUCUACCUGGGAAAUGUCCAGCCCUACUGUGGACACGACUGGACUCUUUGUCUCGGGAUGGAUUCUGAUUCUUCCCUUACCUAUUUCAGUUUUACAGGAGAUUCAAAGUUAGCUUCUAGCAUGCGCUACGUGGAGACCCAAUCUAUGCAGAUUGGAGCUUCGUAUAUGAUACAGUUCAACUUGGUGAUGGGCUGCGAUCAAGCGUUUACUCCUCAUAUGGACAAUCAAGUGAAACUGGACUACUCCACCAACCAUGGCCUCACGUGGCAUCUUGUUCAGGAG